AGCAGCAUGCUGCAGUUUCUAGGUUUGUACAAGAAAUCUGGAAAACUUGUGUUCCUGGGUUUGGAUAACGCGGGCAAAACCACUCUGCUGCACAUGCUUAAAGACGACAGGCUGGGCCAGCACGUCCCGACACUACAUCCCACAUCAGAGGAGCUGACGAUUGCCGGAAUGACCUUUACGACUUUUGAUCUGGGUGGACAUGAACAAGCUCGCCGGGUGUGGAAGAACUACCUGCCAGCCAUCAACGGGAUCGUCUUCCUGGUGGACUGCGCAGAUCACUCCCGUCUUAUGGAAUCCAAAGUUGAGCUUAACGCGCUAAUGACAGAUGAAACAAUAUCCAACGUGCCAAUCCUUAUUUUGGGUAAUAAAAUCGACAGACCGGAGGCCAUCAGCGAGGAGAAACUGCGGGAGAUCUUUGGGCUCUACGGACAGACCACGGGAAAGGGAAACGUGCCGCUGAAGGACCUGAACGCGCGUCCCAUGGAGGUGUUCAUGUGCAGCGUGCUGAAGAGGCAAGGCUACGGCGAAGGCUUCCGCUGGCUAUCGCAGUACAUUGACUGAUACUCGGACGGACAUAAAGAGUUUGUUACUCCUCUGGACUGAUCCUCUCCACAGCUUCCUACGGACUUUUCUAUUCGAACACGGAAAGGUUUUUCUCGACCGCAUCACCGGCAUCGACCAAGAGACUCCUGGUUUUCGGCCGCCCUUAUCGCGCAGUGGUGACGCAACUCUUUUCCACGCGACGGGGAGACGGCACCGUUCC